AUGGAUGUGGGGCUGAGGCUCCAGGAGGACCCAAGUUUGCUGAGCGGGUUAGCGGCCACACGGGCCAUGGAAACGGCAGUGAUUGGGGUGGUGGUGGUGCUGUUUAUGGUCACUGUGGCCAUCACCUGUGUCCUCUGCUGCUUCAGCUGUGACUCAAGGACCCAGCAUCCUCAGGGUGGCCCUGGCCGUAGCUUCACGGUGGCCACAUUUCGCCAGGAGGCGUCUCUCUUCACGGGGCCCAGUCGCCACGCCCCGCCAGCACCCAGUGCCCGGGACUUCUGGACCUUCAUGUGAGGCCUCACAGUCCCUUGGAUCUGCUCUGCUGGUGGGUCACACUCAUGCACCCCUCAGCAAGCCUUCCCUGGCGUCCCGCCUCUCUGAUCCUGCAUCCCUGCCCUUCCCCUCCUGCAUCCUCUGUCUCCCAUCUCCUCCCAUCCCGGCUUGCUGUGCCCUCCAGCCUGGGGGACCCAACAUGUCAUGGCCAGGUGGGGGUCAGCUCUGACCUCAAAGCUCCGCUGGGCCCCACCCACAGGAUGGGCUUAGGAGGGGCCCCAGGAGUCGGUGAACAGACACUGCGUGGGACUGCAUGGCGGGCCAGCUCUGCCGAUCUACACCCGGCACUGACACAUCACUGGGAUUUAUUGUAAACAGAGUGCUUGGGACACUGGUUCUGUUGCCACCAGAGGAAGCAGCGCCCCCAAGUGGACAUUUUCAGAAACCACUUCUCUGUGCCCCUCACGGAAUAUUUUUGCACAUUGCGCAGAGCCCAACCCUGAGGCCUGCUCCCUGCUCCCUGCCAGUUGCCUGAAAUCAGUCCUGAAAUUCUGAAACCAAAAAGCUGCUUCCUGGGGACAAAUGAUUUAUUUUGUAAUUGGAAGUGUAUAUCCUUUUAUGGGUCAUUCCAAAUCUGGUUUGGAAAACCACAAAAAGAAGCAGAAGAGAAAACAAGAGUCACAGAAAGUAUGAGAUGUUUUAUUAACAGGAAAACCAGAAAGAAGACUUUGAAACAUAUUUUGAAUGAUAUUUUAUUGCAAUAUUCUAACAGGUCACUUCUAUUCUUAGAGAAUGUGAGUGACUUGCGUCACUUAGGAAUGAUACAAAAAUUAUGGACUGAAAGAUAAUUCCAAAAAAGUUAAAAUGUUAUGUUACAUUCAGCGCAUGUAACAAAGCUCUUGUUUUCAUCACAAAUAAAGAGGUAUUCAGUUUUUAUUAAUAGAAAAUCUGUUCUCUCUUUAGCCGUGGAAUAAAUGCCAUGCCAUAUUUAACACAUUGACUGCUGCACUAGAAAAAAAUUUUUUU